CCUGAAUUUAUUUCAGUCGGGGACGAGAGAGAAAUUAGGAGGAAGGAAUAAGGCGGAUACCAGUGCCUCUCUCUCUCUCUCUUUCCCUCUCCCUCGCUCUCUCAUGCAGUUUUGAAGAAGACGCCCCCUCCCUGCACCUGUUCUGCUUCGUCUUCUCGCCGUCUCGCAGGAGUUGAGCCUCUUGUGAGUGAGCGGACGUCGCUUCUCAUUGUUAGAUAGACGGUGUUUUGAGCAUGACUUCGGCGUUCAACCUAGAUUUCCACCCUCUCACGGAAAGUCGCUUAAUGACUUCGAGCGACACAAUCAACGGCAGCAAGAUGAACGGGUCGCUGGAGCAUUUGGACCAGCCAGACCCAGACUCCAUCAAGAUGUUUGUGGGACAGAUCCCACGCUCCUGGUCAGAAACAGAACUAAAAGAGCUUUUUGAGCCCUUCGGAGCUGUUCACCAGAUCAACAUCCUCCGUGAUCGUACCCAGAAUCCCCCUCAAAGCAAAGGAUGCUGUUUUGUAACUUUUUAUACAAGAAAAGCUGCACUGGAGGCCCAGAAUGCACUGCACAACAUAAAGACCUUAAGUGGGAUGCAUCAUCCUAUCCAGAUGAAACCCGCUGACAGUGAGAAAACAAGUGCGGUAGAAGACAGAAAACUCUUCAUCGGUAUGGUUUCAAAGAAAUAUGGCGAGAACGAGGUCAGAAUGAUGUUCUCGUCUUUUGGACAAAUCGAAGAGUGCAGAAUUCUCCGGGGACCAGAUGGUCAGAGCAGAGGCUGUGCGUUUGUCACAUUUGCUACCAGGGCAAUGGCACAGAAUGCAAUCAAAACCAUGCAUCACUCUCAGACUAUGGAGGGCUGUUCCUCACCUUUGGUGGUGAAGUUUGCCGACACUCAGAGAGAUAAGGAGCAGCGGCGCCUGCAGCAGCAGCUAGUACAGCAGAUUCAGCAGCUCAACAGCGCCUCCACCUGGGGAAACCUGGCUGGCCUGGGGACCCUCACACCGCAGUACCUGGCUUUGCUCCAGCAAGCCACGUCUACCAGUAAUCAAGGCACUUUCAAUGGUAUUCAGAGGCUAGGAGGUGUGAAUCCCCUUCAGCUGCAGAACUUGGCCACAUUAGCUGCUGCAGCAGCUGCAGCUCAGAGUUCUGGAAGCCCGACUUCCACCAACGCCCUGUCUACAAGCAGUGGAGCCCUGGGAGCUCUGGCCAGUCCAGCUGGUUCAACAGCAGGGUCCAGUGCCGGUGCUGCCAUGAACACCUUGGCAUCUCUGGGCACCUUGCAGGGUCUCACUGGGACCUCUGUGGGCCUCAACAACCUUAACGCUCUCACCAGCAGCGUCAGUGGAAUGGGGGCCAUGAAUGGAGGCCUGGGAGCCUCCAUGGCCAAUGGGUCAGCAGCCAGCUCCAUGGACGCUCUGACCCAGGCCUACUCAGGGAUGCAGCAGUACACAGCCUCCGCCCUGCCCUCCCUCUAUGGCCAAUCUCUCCUGCAGCAGAGCGUUGCUGGUAGCCAGAAGGAAGUAGGGCCAGAGGGCGCCAAUUUGUUCAUCUACCACCUGCCCCAGGAGUUUGGGGAUCAGGAUCUUCUGCAGAUGUUCAUGCCUUUUGGAAAUGUGGUCUCUGCCAAAGUCUUCAUUGACAAACAGACCAAUCUGAGCAAGUGCUUUGGGUUCGUCAGCUAUGACAAUCCUGUGUCUGCGCAAGCUGCCAUCCAGGCCAUGAACGGUUUCCAGAUCGGAAUGAAGAGGCUGAAGGUUCAGCUGAAGCGCUCCAAGAACGACAGCAAACCCUACUGAUCCUAGCCCCGGGGCCUUCCCCCCUCCCCAGCUCUAAUGCUAGCACUGCUAGGGUAAGUUCACCCUCCAGCCAAGGUCACCACAGCAGAGACUCAGUGGGGCAGGGGGAAAGGAGCCCACCACAGGAGGGAGACUUGCGCUAUUCCUUAAAAAAAAAAAAAAAAAAAAUGGUUGCAAUGAUCGUUCCACAUUUUACUGUAUUUCAUUCCUGCGGUUUUCUCAUGUAAUUUGAGUCGAAUUAAAUAUUUUAAUGUAUAUGAUUAUUUAUGACUAUCACUGGAGUCAGUGUUCGCUGGAGGUAUUUUGUGUCACUGUAUUUAGUGGAGAGCAUCAGGUGUGUUUCCAUGCCAUUUCAUUGCCUUGAGGUCAAGCUAGACAGGUUGACUAAGGAUCAGUUGUUGUGUUGAAGGGCUGGAGCCAGGCCACGUAGACCCCCGAGCCCAGAGCUUCAACCCGUGUUUGGCUUCUUUACAUGUAGUCUGUCGAGUUUGUGUCAUUCUUAAUGUGAAAAUCUUUUGCACUCUAAAUUCUCCAAUCUCUGUUCCCCCUGUCUGUCUCUCUCUCUCCCUCUCCCUCUCCCUCUCCCCUCUCUGUCGUAUCAUUAUCUAAGCCAUGUUGAGCUAGGCUACCUCGCUCUUUCUCUAUUAACAACCUCUUCCAGUCAUUCCAUCCAUCCUCCAAGUCUCCCACAAGGGACUGGCUCUAGAUGGAUCUCUUUGGGUGCCAAGUAUACAGUUUGUGCAUGUUGGAGUCUCUGCCAUAUGUCCUGGUGGUGUCACUUCCUUAAAUCUGUGUAUUGUUUUUGUGUGUUGGGAGAGAUGGGGCGGGGGGGAAAUGUUUACCGCACUGUCCUUACUGUAUGUGGUGAUUGGCAUUGUUUUUGUUGGUUUUUGUGCCUCAUGGCUAAACGAUUCUUGUGCUGUGCCCCUAACUAUCUCUUAUCUCCUCUUUGUCUUCUCUCCCUCUCUCUCUCUCUCUCUCCCUCUCUCUCUCUCUUCCUUUCGUGUUUUUGUUCCUUUUUUAGAACAAAUCUCCAUGCCUGUUUGCUCAUCAUUAGCCUAGCAUGUCUUCAUGAUGUUGAAAGCCAAGCCAAACUCCUGGCCUCAUCAUCCCACCAUUGUCUGUGAUGUCUCUCUAAGCUCGCCUGACCAAUACCUGGCCACCCACUGACCCUUGACCUUAGCUCAACCUGAUUUUUCUGCAUGUAUAUUAAUUUUUGUUUUUGUUUUUUUUUUCUGUAUAGAAAUGUGACAGGUGGGAGAGAGGUCAAGCAAAUCAAUGUGAAAACUUACCUACGUUGAAUUCAUUUAAGAGACCUUUUUUGUUUUUGCGAAUGUUUUAAAAAAAAACCUGUGGGAUUUCUUAUUUUUAAUUUAGCUUUUUUUUGUUUUGUUUUUUUUUAUGUUGCUUUCUUUUUACCUCUCUCAGUAUAGUUCACUUGAAAGUUGAAUACAGGGAUUGGCACACAGCUGUGCUAUUUGGUGCCAUUAGCAAUAUGUUGGCUUCUUUAAAAAAAAAAAAAAAAAAACAUGCUUCAGACCACUUUCCAACACUUUUGAAAGUCUGACCAGUAAAACCCCUCUCAGUGCUCUGUAAUGAUCUCUACAUUUUGCGGGCAGUGUGAAGAUUCACACCAAGGCUAUUUGAAAAUAUAUUUUCUUUUCAUUUACAAAACUAUCCAGUGUAUUUACCUUUUUUUGAACUACUGAUGGCACAAUUAAAGGUACAUUUGCUCUGUUUAGAGAAAUGACUACCUACAUGAGUCAACUUUUUUAGAACUGAUUCACAAAUAGACAAUCUGUGGUUUAAAUGCACACUUAGAUUACCUAUAUUUUAUACCAUUGAAUCUAUAGAGGUUUAACUAACAAGAACCCAGGCAAAACGUUGGGGUUUUUUGUAGAUUAUGUUGUAAUGUCAUCUGUGUCGGGGUGGGGGGGUCUUCAGUGUAUUACAUUUUUAAAGAGGACUAAAAUUAGUUUGAUCAGCGUGACCGUUUGAGGGUCAUUCCUAGUAGAUUAACACUUUAAGUCAAAAAUUCCUCUGCAUUAAUUGUAAUUUCAACCUCUAGGGAAAAAAGUACUUUUUUUUUUUAAAGGGUCACAUUUUGAGUAUAUAGGCUUUUUUUUCCCUGCGUUAAAGAAAGGUUUAGUGUUCGAUUUUCACGGUACGUCUUGACUUUCUGUGAAUUUCUCAUAAAUAAUUUAAUUAAUUGAUGUUUCACUUUGGUUUAGUUUGGAUGCCUCAUGAUGAUUUACAAUGUCUGUUAAUCAUACAGAUGCCAGACAAUGUUUCUUUUUUGUUUUGUUUUUAUUUUGUUGUUAAAGUGCCCAUGUGUCAAACUCAGUGUUUUUGAUUUCACACAACAUUCUUUCCCGUAGUAAUAUUAUCUAGGUUUCUUUACACGAACACACACGCAUGCGCACACACACACACCCACAACACUUCCUGUGAUUGCAAAUGUGGGAGCCCCUGAAGAAGAGAUCACUUGGACACACAAACACACGGCCUGUGGGACUCUGCACAUUUUAUAGACACAUAACACACUUGCUUUUUAUUUUUGUUUUUUUGCUAAUUGUUCAUUUAAGUGACUUUCAGUGUCAUGUUUCAGUCGUACACAGCAGUAUGCACAGCACGUUAAUACUACUAAGUCCACCACAAUAGUGUUGGUUUACAAAUACAUUCCAUUUUUUUCAGCACAAAGUUUACACUUUUUUUUAUCGGGGUGGUAUUUUGUCUGUUGUACUACAAGUUGCUGAUACAACCCUGGUAAAAUAACAACCACUUCACCCCCCAAAGAAGGGUUCCCUAAAACUGCGUACCUGAUGGCGCUGAAGAGUUGUCAACUCAGGGUUUUUUUUGUGUGUGAAAGUAGACACUCACACAGGAUUACGACACAAUUGUCACCAUUUGACUUUUUUGGUUUGGAUUUUGUUUCUUUUCUCAAAAUACAUGAAUAUUCCAAAAAAAAAAAAAAAAAAAAACACAAAAAAAGUAACAGGUACCAAAUUUGAAACAGUGCUCGAGGAAAGUGUAGUUUUGUAGGGAAACGUUAAGCACAAUUGUGGGAGCUAAUCACUUUUGCAGAAUGUUGUGUGUGAUUAUAAUCCCAAAACUUUCAAGGUACCACUGAUUUCACUUUUUAAUAUGGGCAUGUGCUUUUUACAGUGUGUUUUUUCUAUCCAAAUGCAAUACAAUAUUCAAAGUGCCAUAUAUACGUCUAGAAACUGCCUACACAUCCUUAUUAGGCCUUGGUUUAGAGAUUGCUGCAGUUCGCCUUUUUUUUGUCUAUUUAUGCCAGUGUCAUGAAAGCUCUUGUCACCUGCUCAUGUCCCCCUUCUCCUCCUCCCACUCUGUGUGUUGAGUUAUUGGUAAAUGUGUUUUGUGAUGUACUCAAUUUGAACAGUUGGUUAAAAAAUUGUAGAUAAACAAUAAACUUCCCUAUACAUUUGAAGGUUAAACCUCUUUCUUAGUGAGUGUGAACACAUCUAUUGUAACACUUUGCGAGACAAACAAUUGGUGAUCUGAUGUGCUAGGGAAUUUGUUUUGAGUUUAAUAAAGUUCGAGCUAAAACUUGAGUUUAAAAAAAUGAUUAAAAAAAAAAGACUACUUGGGAGCCAUGUUAGGAUCUUAAAGUGAUAAAAUUGUGUGUCAAACACUGAAAUGAUUGCCGGUCUGUGGAAAUCUGCAGAGUCUGUUGAAGUGUUACUGUGAAUGAAAUUAAGAAAAAGAAAAAAAAAAGCACAAUGUACAGUCCACAGCGGUCCCAACUAGAACUUGACUCACUUCAGGGGCUUCCA